UCCUCCUUUGCCCCGCCUCGUGACGUUAGUUGCGACGUCUGCGGGGUCCCUUCAGCCAUGGGAAUCUAGCCACGAUCGGAGAACCACCUCGAUCUCAAACAUGUCUUCAGGAGAAAGUUUUCAGAAUCGGUUAGAAAAAAUCGGGGAUUUGGUGCGAGAUUCUAGAUCCGGUGUGAACAUUAGUGGUUUACUGGACAACUUGGAUGCUUUGGCUUAUGAUUUGGAUUUUCCCGCCUUGAGGAAAAACAAGAAUAUUGAUCAUUUUUUAAAUAGAUAUAAAGAUACAGUUGAUAAGAUUCGAGACUUGCGUAUGAAAGCUGAAGAUUAUGAGGUGGUGAAGGUCAUAGGCAGAGGAGCUUUUGGUGAAGUUCAGUUGGUAAGACAUAAAGUUACAAGUAUGGUAUUUGCCAUGAAACUUCUUAGCAAAUUUGAAAUGAUCAAAAGGUCAGAUUCCGCAUUCUUCUGGGAAGAGAGAGAUAUUAUGGCUUUUGCAAAUAGCCCAUGGGUUGUACAGCUAUUUUACGCAUUUCAAGAUGACCGAUACCUCUACAUGGUAAUGGAGUAUAUGCCUGGUGGAGAUCUUGUAAAUCUAAUGAGCAAUUACGAUGUUCCUGAAAAGUGGGCACGGUUUUAUACAGCUGAAGUUGUCCUGGCAUUAGAUGCAAUUCAUUCAAUGGGUUUUAUUCACAGAGAUGUAAAGCCUGAUAAUAUGCUGCUAGACAAAUGUGGUCAUGUAAAGUUAGCAGAUUUUGGGACAUGCAUGAAAAUGAAUAAGGAAGGCAUGGUACGAUGUGAUACAGCAGUGGGGACUCCUGAUUAUAUCUCUCCUGAAGUAUUAAAAUCCCAAGGAGGAGAUGGCUAUUAUGGUAGAGAAUGUGACUGGUGGUCAGUUGGGGUUUUUCUUUAUGAAAUGCUAGUUGGUGACACCCCAUUUUAUGCAGAUUCAUUGGUUGGAACAUACAGCAAAAUAAUGAACCAUACGAAUUCCCUUACAUUUCCAGAUGAUUUAGAAAUCUCAAGAGAUGCAAAAAAUUUGAUAUGUGCCUUUCUAACUUCAAGGGAAGUACGAUUAGGCAGAAAUGGUGUAGAAGAAAUAAAACGGCAUGCUUUCUUCAAGAAUGACCAGUGGACUUGGGAAAACAUCAGAGAAACUGCUGCUCCAGUUGUGGCUGAUCUUAGCAGUGAUAUUGAUACUAGCAAUUUUGAUGAUAUAGAAGAAGAUAAAGGUGACGAAGAGACUUUUCCUGUACCUAAGGCAUUUGCUGGUAACCAGUUGCCUUUCGUAGGAUUUACAUACUACAGAUGUCAUCAGUAUUCAUGUGGCCCUAGCCCAGAGCCCAAUGAAAACAGGCCGAAUUCUGUCAUAGAAAAAAGUCAUCUGGAAAAUCUGCAGAAAAAAAUUUAUGAACUUGAAGAACAGUUACAUAAUGAAAUGCAGUCAAAAGAUGAAUUAGAGCAGAGGUGCGCAAAUCAGAGAAAGGCCGUGGAAUCCAUGGUGUCACAGAUUGAGAAAGAAAAAAUGAUUGCACAACACAGAAUGAAUGAAUAUCAAAGAAAAGCUGAACAGGACGUUGAAAAAAGACGAAAUAUAGAAAAUGAAGUGUCUACAUUAAAAGAUCAGUUGGAAAACUUCAAGAAACUUAGCCAAAAUUCGCAGACUACAAAUGAGAAAGUCAUGCAGUUACAAAAGCAGUUGGAAGAAGCCAAUGACUUGCUACGAUCAGAGUCAGAUACAGCUGCAAGACUAAGAAAAUCUCAAGCUGAAAUGUCAAAGUCAAUAGCUCACUUUGAAUCAUUAAACCGAGAACUACAGGAAAGGCUCCGGACUGUAGAAAAUUCAAAAUUACAGCUGGAGAAAGAUUUUUUCCAUUUACAAGCUUCUUUGGAGUCUGAACGAAGAGACAGAAAUGAAGGGUCAGAGUUAAUCGGAGAUUUACAAGCUCGGGUAGCAUCUCUCCAGGAAGAACUUAAAAAUCUUAAGUUAACAGUUUCAAGAGUUGAAGCAGAGAAAAAACAAGCGCAGGAGAUGCUCAAUAAUGCUGAAAAGGAGAAAAAUAAUUUAGAGAUAGAUUUGAACUACAAACUGAAAACAGUACAACAGAGACUUGAGCAGGAGAUUAACGAACAUACUACUACCAAAGCUAGGUUAACGGACAAAUUUGAGUCUAUUGAAGUGGCAAAAUCUGUAGCGAUGCGUGAAAUCGAGCAUAAACUUUCUGAUGAAAGACAGUUGAGGCACAAAGCAGAAAAUCGUGUGGUAGAGGUUGAAAAACAGUGUUCCACACUUGACAUUGAUCUGAAGGAGUCUCAGCAAAAAGUUGAACUUCUUAUCAAACAGAAGGAAAGACUGGCAGAUGAGGUUUCAAGUUUGACAGUUCAGCUGGAGCAAGAAAAACAUAAGAGAAUGGUGGCCCAGAAUGAGCUGAAGGCUCAGGCUUUUGAUAUAGACAGUCUGAAGGGUUCUGAGAAACAACUUAAACAGGAGAUUAACACACUUUUGGAGGCAAAAAGAUCAUUAGAAUUUGAACUAGCACAAUUAACCAAGCAGUAUAGGGGAAAUGAAGGACAAAUGCGGGAACUGCAGGAUCAGCUUGAAGCUGAACAAUAUUUCUCAACACUGUACAAGACUCAGGUUAAAGAGCUUAAAGAAGAGAAUGAGGAAAGAAGUAAAUCUUUUCAAGAACUCCAGAAGAAAGUCCAUGACCUACAGAGUGAAAGGGACUCCCUGAAUGCACAGCUGGAUUUGACUGUGACAAAGGCAGAGUCAGAACAACUUGCCCGUGCACUUCUUGAGGAACAAUACUUUGAACUAACUCAAGAACACAAAAAAGCUGUAGCACGGCACAAGCAAGAAGUUACUGAUAAGGAGAAAGUCAUCUGCAUGCUUGAAGAGUCAAAUAAAACUUUAACCAAAGACGCUGAAGCUUUAUCCAAGGGGAAAUCAGAGACAAGUGAAAAGUUACAGGGCUUGGAGCAAGAGUACUUAUUACAGAAAGAAGAAGCAAUUAACAGUAUUAAGGCCAACUAUGAAAAAAUCCUCAAUACAGAACGAACGCUGAAAACACAGGCAGUCAACAAAUUGGCAGAGAUCAUGAACCGAAAAGACAUGAGACUUGAUAAGAAGAAAACCAACACAGCCGAUCUGAGAAGGAAGGAGAAAGAAAACAGGAAGUUGCAGUUAGAGUUAAACCAGGAAAAGGAAAAGUUUGGUCAGAUGGUGGUGAAGUGGCAGAAAGAGCUCAAUGAAAUGCAGGCGCAAUUGGCAGAAGAGUUUACAAUUAAAACAGAACUCCAGAUGCAGCUUGACAGUAAAGAAAGUGACAUAGAACAACUGCGUAGUAAACUAAUGGAUCUACAGCUUCGCAUGGAUUCCUCAAGUGUUGCCAGUCUACAGCCAGAUGAAGCUGAAACAAGUCUUGCAGAGUCAAGGAUAGAAGGUUGGCUGUCUGUACCAAACCGUGCUAAUAUUAAAAGAUAUGGCUGGAAGAGACAGUAUGUUGUAGUGAGCAGCAAAAAGAUUCUGUUUUACAAUGACGAAUUAGACAAAGAGCAGUCAAACCCUUCAAUGGUACUGGACAUUGACAAAUUAUUUCAUGUCCGACCUGUAACACAAGGUGAUGUGUAUCGAGCAGAAGUUGAAGAAAUUCCCAAGAUAUUCCAGAUCCUGUAUGCCAAUGAAGGGGAAAGUAGAAAAGAUAUAGAAGUUGAACAGAUACAGCCAGCUGAAAAGGCAAAUUGUCAAAAUCACAAAGGUCAUGAGUUUAUUCCUACGUACUACCAUUUUCCAACGAACUGUGAAGCCUGUGCCAAACCACUCUGGCAUGUCUUUAAGCCCCCGCCUGCUCUUGAGUGCAGGAGAUGUCAUGUUAAGUGUCACAAAGAUCACUUGGAUAAGAAUGAAGAACUAAUUGCACCUUGUAAAGUAAACUAUGAUGUUACUUCGGCAAAGGACAUGUUGUUAAUGGCAUGUUCCCAAGAUGAACAGAAGAAAUGGGUCAGCCACUUGGUAAAGAAGAUCCCCAAAAGUCCACCAUCAUCUUCAGGCACAUUUGUACGAGCGUCCCCAAGGACAGUUUCAACAAGAUCUGCAAGCCAGUCAUUCCGUAAAAAUGUAAAAAAUGCUGCUGGCAAACCCAGCUAACCAUAUGGAUGGUACCCUUUGGAAUCUGGUAGGAGCCUUUCCAAGAAUCAGAGUUUCUAUAGCCUCACAGACUGUAGUCCUUCCUGACAACAAGCAAUGUCACAGGCUUCUUGUUUAAGUCCUGUGCUAAAUUUCUCACUUUUUAGCAAGCAGAAAAGCACACUGAGAGUUGUAUUAGAGUAGACUGCAUAUUGCUGAGUAAUGCAAGUAAAUGUGGAUAAAGCUUUGCUAGCUGCAGUGAAAAGGUGUGUUGCCUUUAUUUCUCCAUUGUUGAAUGUGGCUGCCAGUCAUCAUGGAGUCGUGCAAUUGGCUUUCUUCAUAUCCACAAGGAAGGAAAAACUGCAGUUCAGAAAAGGGCCGAAUUCAGAUUGCUUUGAAUUUACAGCAAGAAUGGAUGGCAUCUGAAUCUGAAGAAUAGUCCUCUAAAAUCCUGGAGACAGCCCAGGAGACCGAGUGAAAUGCAGCCUGAAAGCAGCAGUGUAUCUUUUAAACAAGAAAUGCCAUCACUGUAGAAGUCACUCAAAACCCACUUAUGUUGGAAUAGCUGAAUACACUGCAGAAUGCUUUACAAACUUGUGUGUUUCAGUAGUGUAUUUCAUGGAGCAUUGAGCGGGAUGAUUGUUAUGUUCACAGUCUAUGCAUUUGUUGCCAAGCCAUACAUAAUUAUUUUCUAGACAUUAUGAACUAACAGUGAGUACCAAGUUUUUGAGUACUUACAGAAGUGCAACAUUUCUUUUACUGUUCUGUAACAUAUUGCCUUACAUUUGAACUUUCUGUUCAGAUUAUAAAUAACUUUUUAAGUUAAAUAUAAAAUAUGCACUGUUUUAAAAUGUAAAUUAUUUUAGAACACUUUAACAAAAGAAGCACCAGACUUUUAGUGCCUUAAUUUGAAAAUAUUUUUUAUUACUGCCACAGCAUUCAUUACUUGUACAGAUUUUAGAUGUUUGUAUCCUAUCAUGCAUUUCUUGCAGUUCCAAUAUUAUAUUUUAAUUGAUAAUAAAUUAAAGUCAAAGAUGUCUGUGAAUUAGCAGUCUUUGAUAAGCUGCUAGUGAGGGUUUUCAUUUAUAAAACAAAAUCUGCAAGAAAUUUGAAUUACAAUAUGCAUUAAGGAAGAAAAUAUAUAUUUCUGUAAUAUUUAAAAAUUUCACUCCCAGUGGUAUAGGAUUAGCAGUCUGAAUGCUGUUUGUAAGUUCUUGAUAAUUGACAAGAAUACAUUUCUGGUAUGGGCAGUUUGUUUUUUAUUUUUAUUUUAUAUGUAUAUUUUUUUAACCAGAUACCUCCAGAGUAAUUUAUAAUGGCUUUGCAGUUAUAUGUAUUAAAAAAUAAAAAAAAGCACUGGAAAUAAUGUGUUUUAGAAUAAUUUGCAUGUUUGGAACUGAAAGCCGCACUGAUGGAUAUGUCACAAUAAACAUAUCUGUGUCUACAUCAUAA